AUGGCGAAUAUUCAAAGCCAACUUCCACUUAUCAAAUCAGACAGAUUUGAUAAGUUCCAAGAAGGCAAGGAAAGCCGGGGUGGACCAGCCGAGGCUCUCCGUCCGGGGCUGGACUACGACUCCCAGCAUCCCCAGCCGCGCAAUACCGCUGGGCAUGCUGGGAGUCGUAGUCCAGCUGCAGACAGAGAGACUCGGUGGGGCUCCUACGAACGCCUGCAUGGAGACAUCAUAAUAAAGCUGACAAGCGGCGGAAGACAUUCAGCCAGGCCGCCGCUCUGGGCUCCUCGUCCCUGGGUAAUCCUCUCUCGGGGGGACGGGGGGCAGGCGGGCAGGCCGUUCCUUCCCUCCCGACUCCCUCCACGUCCAACGUGCUCUGCCAUCCAGCCCAUCCAAGAGGGAGGAGAAGGAAACACGCCGCCCGCCAAUCACGCCAAGUCCCACCCACCCCGUCGCUCACUUCCGGGUUCCCCGCCCCGCCUAGCACUUCCGGUGGGGCUCCAUAGCAACCGAGGGCGUUCUCGUCGCCGCUGUGGUGCUUUGUGCGUCCCUGGCUGCGCCAUGGCAGAGGUAGAAGAAACUUUGAAGAGGAUUCAAGCCCAUAAAGGAGUUAUCGGAACUAUUGUUGUAAAUGCAGAAGGCAUCCCAAUCAGAACAACUCUUGACAACUCCACGACAGUCCAAUAUGCAGGCCUCCUUCAUCAGUUGACGAUGAAAGCAAAGAGCACAGUGAGAGAUAUUGAUCCCCAGAAUGAUCUAACCUUUCUCAGGAUUAGAUCCAAGAAGCAUGAAAUUAUGGUUGCCCCAGAUAAGGAAUAUCUUCUGAUCGUUAUCCAGAAUCCAUGUGAAUAGCCUAGCCACUCCAGUUUACAUGAACAGUUCUACCAUUUUUAAAAUCAGCCUUUACUAAUGAUAUGUGCUGUCCUGACAUCCACUGAGAAGCAUUUCUAGUAACUUGUCAGGUGAAGUGUUUGAAAGCUAAAAUUCUUCUGUUUGUGCAAUCUCAUUCUGCUUGUAUCUGGAUAAACAAACAUUGUAUGUCUAAAAAGGACAAUAAACGUAAAUGCUUGUG